AUGUCGUCCUACCCUCCUGGGCCAAGCUCUGGCCAUCUGCCAGCGGAAGAAUACGAACUACCUGCUCUGUCCAACGAUGUAGAAGCUGGACCUUCCAAACGUCGCCAGUCUGCCUCUGGAUCCAAACCCCGCACCUUAACUCUACACCCUUCCACAUCGACUGCCAAUCUCUUGUUCUCUGCCCCGGCUGCCGGUUUACCUACACCUAGGAAGCGACAUUCAAGGACACAAUCAUAUCCCGAUUCGCCUGAAGAUGCUAUGACUCCUCGCCGGCUUCCUCGCGACACUUUUCUGAGUGAAGAUCCAGAUCAGAGGCGAGAUGACGUAGAGGAAGUCAAUUUACCUGACUUUGGUCACAUGCUGGGAUUCAUGGAUGAAGGAGAAGACCAUUUUGCAAUUGCACAAGGUAUGAAAACAAGAUGGAAAAGAAAACUAUAUUUGCUAUUGGAAGAGCCGAAUAGUGGUAGGGAAGCUUUCUUCAUACAUAUCGGCGUGACAGGUACUAUAAUCUUCAGUGCAAUUCUCACUACUUUAUCUACGAUGCCAGCAUUUCAUACCGACCCAGCUGCAACACGGGCUCUUUUCGGAUUGGAUACAUUCAUCGUUAUUCUUUUCACCGUCGAAUACCUGGCUCGAUCAUUUGCACAUUCAGAUGGUUGGAGAAUGUACUAUAACUGGGCAACAUCAUUUUUCGCUUUACUAGAUUUGAUAGCGAUCUUACCAUACUAUAUUGAAGUAGCUCAAAAUGAAGACACAUCAAUCUUAUUUCGAUUCUCGAUUUUGCGGACACUUCGGUUGUUACGAGUUUUUCGAGCAUUCAAAUAUCAAAAUCAGAUGUUACUGACAAUUGAAGUAAUGUAUGUGGCAGUAAGAAGAUCAAAAGAUGCCCUAUUAGCUUUAUCGUUUUUCAUCUUAUUGGUUUUAAUCUUAUCUUCUACAUUACUCUAUUUCGCCGAAAGAGGUACUUGGGACAAUCAAUUAGGUGCAUUCAUCGAUGCCGAUGGUGAUCCAAGUUCAUUCGAUAGUAUUCCGAAAACAGCUUGGUUCGCUUUAGUCACCAUGUCAACUGUUGGUUAUGGAGAAAUAACGCCAAAAUCGUUUUUAGGGAAACUGAUUACAGUGCCCCUGUUGAUGUUUGGAUUGUUGUUGAUCGCCUUGCCAAGUUUCGUAUUGGGAAGAAACUUUGCAAUCGUAUUUGAUGCUAUGACUGCAAAGGUUCCCAAACCAACGUCAAACAUGACUUCUCCUAGGGAGUCUUUUGAAGCCAUCCAGCCAGCAACUUCACUUCCAACAGAAAGUUCUUCUGCUCCUCUACUACCUAUAAUCUCCAAUACUCCUACACCCCUUGUUCCCUCUACUGCUCCGAUGGGGCGACCGAGAGCUAUCUCCCCUCAUCCUUCUUCUGGCGGAAUGGUCCCAUCCGCUUCGGCUUCUUCCGGAAGAGGCUUAGGUAAUUUACCUAAGAUGUGGGACGGUGGACCUGAUCUCACACCAUUGAAUUCGAUGAGCGAGAAGAUGAGAGGUGAUUUGACGAAUGUCAAAUUGGCGAAAAAUCAAAUUGUGCUGUUAGAACAAAUAGAUAGUCUUAGAAGAACGAUCGAUAGACAAGGGGAUCUCCUAUCACGUUUAGCAUCAGCAUUGGAAGUCAAAGAAGUGCCGAUCGUGCUAACAGCGAAUGAGUUGUCGAAGAACAGCAUAGAAGGUAGACGACAUGAAAUCGGGGAAAAAUAUCAGUUUGCUCUAGGAGAAAGCGACGAUGAAGGAUACAAGUAG